AUGCAUCCAUCUGCACGAAACCAAAUUGGUAACCCGCGAAAUCCAAAUUACGAACAAGACAUUUUUUACGUCACAAAGCAUAACAAAUGGGUUUUGAACGCCAUCGGCAUCUGGCCGGCCGUGUUUGAGGAUAUUGGCAAUUUUUUAUCCAAAAUCGCGAUUUGUGUCAAUAAUCUAGCCUUUCUCUUCACUCUGAUACAGUGUGUGCUACAUAUAGUGUUGGAACAAAAGGAUCAGUUGCUACGAUUGAAGUUGUCAGGUUUGACAUCCUUCUCUUUCAUCUCCUUAAUGAAGUAUUGGGUUCUAACAAUGCGUAAACCAAAAAUCGAACACUGUAUCAAGCAGGUAUAUUCUGAUUGGAAGCAGGUAGAGGAUCAGAAAGAUCGCGAGCAUAUGUUAAAAUAUGGAAAAAUCGGUCGACAUCUGACCAUGUGUAGUGUUAUUUUCAUGUACAGUGGUGGCAUAAUUUAUCACACGAUCAUGCAGUAUGCUAUGGGAUCAUACGUUGACGAAUAUAAUCGAACGAUAAAAUUGCUGGUUUAUCCUACGUAUAGUGGCUUUUAUGACGUUCAAAGAACACCCGUCUAUGAAUUAAUAUAUAUUCUUCAAUGCAUGUGCGGAUUUGUGUUUGAUACCGUGACAACUGGUGCUUGUGGACUGGCUGCACUUUUUGCAACGCAUGCCUGUGGACAGAUAGAUGUAAUUAUAUCUCGAUUGAAUGAUUUGGUUGACGGAAAAUUUUCGAAGGGAAAUUCUAAUUCAUACAUACGGCUGACAAAAAUUAUCAAACACCAUAUAAGGAUUUUAAGAUUUUCUGAGAUGGUUGGGACAGUUCUGCAGGAAGUGUGCUUCUUAGAAUUCAUUGGUACCACUUUCGUAAUAUGCUUGCUUGAAUACUAUUGCUUGACAGAUUGGGAACAAAAUAAUAUCAUUGGUUUGUCAACGUACACGUUACUAUUAAUAUCCUUGACGUUUAACAUGUUCUUACUGUGCUACAUUGGGAAUCUUUUAAUAGAAAAGAGUACUCUCGUUGGAGAAUUUUGUUACAUGACCGAUUGGUACAAUUUACCAACUCAGACGACGAAGGGACUCAUUUUGAUUAUCGCCAUGUCACAUAACCCGGUGAAAAUUAGCGCGGGCAGUGUAAUUGAUUUGUCAUUGCCUUCUUUUGUAAAUGUUUUGAAGACAUCGUUGGCAUAUUUAAAUUUCCUUCGAGCUAUGGUUGUAUAA